AUGUAUAGAAGAACAGAGGUUGAAGUGAGAGGGGCGGAGAUGGAACAGAGAAAGAGAUGGAACAGAGAAAGAGAUGGAACAGAGAAAGAUGGAACAGAGAAAGAGAUGGAACAGAGAAAGAGAUGGAACAGAGAAAGAGAUGGAACAGAAAGAGAUGGAACAGAGAAAGAGAGGGAACAGAGAAAGAGAUGGAACAGAGAAAGAGAUGGAACAGAAAAGAGAGAACAGAAAGAGAUGGAACAGAGAAAGAGAUGGAACAGAAAGAGAUGGAACAGAAAGAUGGAACAGAAGAGAGAACAGAGAAAGAAUAGAGAGAAAGAUGGAACAGAAAGAUGGAACAAGAAAGAGAUGGAACAGAGAAAGAGAUGGAACAAAGAAAGAGAUGGAACAGAGAAAGAGAUGGAAGCACCUAAAAAAGCCCUCAGUCAUUCGUCAGCACCUAAAGAAGCCCUCAGUCAUUCGUCAGCACCUAUAGAAGCCCUCAGUCAUUCGUCAGCACCUAUAGAAGCCCUCAGUCAUUCGUCAGCACCUAUAAAGCCCCAGUCAAGCACCCCCUCAGUCAUUCGUGAGCACCUAAAGAAGCCCUCAGUCAUUGAGUCAACACCUAAAGAAGCCCUCAGUCAUUCGUCAGCACCUAAAAAGCCCUCAGUCAUUCGUGAGCACCUAAAGAAGCCCUCAGUCAUUCGUGAGCAUCUAAAAGCCCCCAGUCAUCAGCACCAAAAGAAGCCCUCAGUCAUUGAGCACCUAAAGAAGCCCUCAGUCAUUCGUGAGCACCGAAAGAAGCCCUCAGUCAUUCGUGAGCACCUAAAGAAGCCCUCAGUCAUUCAGUCAUUCCACCUAAAGAAGCCCUCAGUCAUCCGUCAACACCUAAAGCCCCCGGACAUCCUGUCAACGCCUAAAAGCCCCGGUCAUCCGUCAGCACCUAAAGACAUCCUGUCAACACCUAAAGAAGCACCCAUCCGUCAACACCUAAAGAAGCACCCGGUCAUCCCGUCAACACCUAAAGAAGCCCCGGACAUCCUGUCAACGCCUAAAGAAGCCCCGGUCAUCCCGUCAGCACCAAAGAAGCACCCGGUCAUCCUGUCAACCUCACAUCCGUCAACACCUAAAAAGCACCCGGUCAUCCGUCAACACCUAAAAAGUCAUCCUGUCACACCUAAAGCACCCGGUCAUCCCGUCAACACCUUUCAUCCCGUCAACACCUAA